GUUAUAUAGCCUAUAAAAAAACUCUUCUGUAUUGAAGUUAGGAAAACUAACGCUUCUGCGUUAUUUACGUUUUGUAGUUUGGCUUGAAGACUUGUCAAGAAGGGGGUGAGAGAAGCACCUGGCUCCCCUUCUCUCCAUUUAGCUUGAAUUAACUGGAAAAAAAAAAGUAGUUGUUGGAGAGGAAACUGACAACUCUCACCGAAGAAAAAUAUUUAUUUUACGUCAUACAUCUGGAAGUGUGUCUUGUUUAAUUUAUUGUGUAUAUAAUUUUUCAUAAUAACAUGUCUGCUCCAGCGGAAUCUUCUCCAGCAGUAUUGGGAUUUUAUGGUGAUAACAAGUCCCAGGAUGUUUCAUUACCUCUCACACCUCCUACAGAUAAUGCAUGGAAUAAGAAAUCUCCAUGGGGAAAAGCUUCGAAUUCGUGGCAGCAACCAUGUAACUUGACCGAAGUUAUGAGUGAACAACUAGCUUUAGAGUUGAGCCAAACAGAUGUUAACACUGAUUUUGAUGAGCGUCUGGUUAAUUUUAUGGCCUCUAGCGCAUGCAACUCUAAUGCACAAUCUGACAAAGAAAUUCAAGAGGCUAAUGACGAGCUAUUAGCAAAGAUGUUACAACAACAGCUAGAUGAAGAGGAUAACAAACAAAUUAAGUUAGAAGAAAGGAAAUACAAUGGUAACAAUAAAGUUUCUAUAUCAUAUGAAAAGUAUUGUUCAACACCUUUAUCUGGUUAUGAGGAAUCUUAUGACUUCUCAGAUGAUGAUGAGAAUAAUAAUUAUGAUGGUUUCGGUGGCCGUAAAAAGACUGAAUGGGAGAUAACUCCUCCUGAAAUUGGUCAAAGCGGCAUCUCAGGGAAAGGUAAAAAUAUUACAACCAAGCACGAUGCUGUGAUUUGUGGGCGGAAAAAUGCAUCAAAACUUAUUGAGUUUUCUGAUAAGUCUGGUGAUGGUGAAGGUAUGAAUUUAAAACUGCCAAACGAUGUUUACAACCGGUUACGUGUGCACAGUUCUGCCAUGAAUAAACGUUUCAACAAAGUCCAUGAAAAGAAAGAACAUUCUACAGCUAUAGAAGCUAUUGAUCAUGAUACACAUCUCAUUCUUUUCCAAAUGAUUAACAAUGGCAUUUUUGAGAAAAAUCUAGGAAUUGUCUCUACUGGUAAAGAAUCUAUUGUUUUGUAUUGUGAUGCUGGAGAAAAUCUGGCUUCAUAUAUGGAAACCAAGUUCACAAAAGAGAAUAAUUUACCAAUGUCUGGAGAUUCAGAGACGUGCCCUAAGGUGUGUGCCAUUAAAGUAUUUAAAACCUCAUUAAGUAAAUUCAAAAACCGAAAGGAAUACUUUGUUGGUGACAGUCGGUUUAAGGAAAAAGCUAUGCGAAGACAGAAUCCACGUAAAGUGAUAAGAAAUUGGUCGAAAAAGGAAGCUGCUAACUUACACAGAUUAAGACGCUUUGGUAUUCCAUGUCCCACACUAAUUAGUUUGAAAAAUCAUGUCUUAGUCAUGUCUUUUAUUGGUCAUGAUCACCAAGCUGCACCAAAACUAAGAGAUGCAAACUUCACUACAGAGGAAUUGAAAAGUGCUUUUCAACAAACAUGUAAGAUCUUGAGAGAUAUGUAUCACAAGUGUAAUUUAGUCCAUGCUGAUCUCAGUGAAUAUAAUUUGUUGUGGCAUGACAACAUUGUGUGGGUAAUAGACGUUAGCCAGUCUGUUGAGCUCAGCCAUCCUUCAGCAAUGGAAUUUCUUCUGCGAGAUUGUUUCAACGUUUGUAAAUUCUUUGAAAGCAAUAAUGUGCAAGAUGUUCCCACUCCUGAAGAACUUUUCAAUAGUGUCACAGAUCUUCAAUUUGAAGGCAAAGGUUCACUUUUUCUACAUGCUAUUCAACGUUUUGACAAAGAUAAGAAGGAAAAAUUUAAAGCGUGUAAAGAUUCUGAGAAUUAUGCUUUUGAUUAUUUUUUUGAAACUUCUGUUCCUGGAUUAACAGAACCAGAUGAUGAAGAGAAUUUGGACAGUGAAGAUGCUGAUUCAAGUUAAUUCAUGUCAUAUUUGAGAAGGAAAAAGACAAAAAAAACUUUUUUUACCAAAUCACUUGUAGCCUUCCUCUUCAAAAUAGCCAAAGGAAGGCUUGGAUGGAUUUAACAAGUCUGAUUACUAUCAGGAAUGUGGCAGAAAUUAAUCUGAAAACUCAAUCUUCAGCUAUAUAAUAGUGCUUAUAAAAGUAAUAAAUGUUAUUAAUUAAUU